UGCCUAUUUAUUACCUCCGGUAGUAUCCCUUAUUCCAACCACAUGAGCGGAAACCGCACGCAGUCGUCAUGCUCCUCCUGCACACCUCCAACAUAAGUAAAGUUGGCGACAUCCAUCGCUACACCUUAACAUACACUCCUCCUAUUGAUCGAACAGGUCCUCCUCCCACUGCCGUUUAUCUGCGCAUUAAGAACACAGCCCCCUUACCAUUCCGUGCCGCAUAUUUACACGGGCCUUACACUCUCUACGUAUCUGUACGGCGAAAGGAGUUUCAACCAUGGCCGUCAAGGACUCCCGGAGCCCAGGGUCGGGGUGAGGAGUUUGACCCACACUUGAAGGCUGGAGCCAGUUUUUACGCUACACUUCCGCUGCCGGCAGAGUUGAUAGAGGAUGCAUCACGGAAUAACGAUAUACACCUUGUAGGUUUGGGUAGGGAACGGCAGGAGGUAGACUACGAUUCCAAGAGACGGAGGAGUGUGACAUGGAUAGUUGAAGUGGUUUCCCAAGCCAUUUUCUCGGCCAACGCGAGUGUAAACUUUGAGGUCCUUCUUGGCGAGGAUGAGAAAUGCUUGAGCACUGGGUAUGGCUUUGGAUCCGGUAGCACUUCGCCGAGACCUGGAUCUGCGGGUAGCGGUGAAGGCGGAGUAUUGCAUAAAGCCUUACAGGUGAGAUUGCAAGGCACAAGAGAUCUUUGGGAUAUUCCCGCUUUCCCGAGCUGGGAGCGAAAGCCCAAGAAUGUUCACCUGGUAAUCGUUACUCAUGGGCUUCACAGCAAUACGGGAGCGGAUAUGUUAUUUAUGAAAGAGGCCAUUGACGAAGAGUACCGAAAAGGGGAAAUCGCUGCAAAGGAGAAAGCGGCAGAGGAAGGAAAAGAGUUCAAUGAGCAUGAUAGGGAGAUUGUUAUCGUGCGAGGAUUUCACGGAAACGUCUGUCGGACAGAAAGGGGAAUAAAGUUUCUGGGCCGGAGACUAGCGAAAUAUGUUCUUAACCUCGUGAAUCCCAACAGCCCCCCCCCAUCUCCCGUUCCUAAUAACAUCUCUUUUAUUGGGCAUUCGCUUGGGGGCCUUGUUCAGACAUAUGCAAUAGCAUACAUACAUGCUCAUGCGCCCGACUUCUUCACCUUGCAUAAACCUAUCAAUUUUGUCGCACUCGCAACCCCGUUCCUGGGUCUUUCCAAUGAGAACCCAAUAUAUGUCAAGUUCGCCCUGGAUUUUGGUCUAGUGGGACGCACAGGACAGGAUUUGGGGCUUACAUGGCGUGCACCUUUUCCGCUGCCCACAUUUUCCAAACCGUCCAACCCUAAUGAAGCAGAUACCAGCAAGCCGUUACUGCGUAUACUUCCAACAGGACCAGCCCAUGAUGUUUUGAGGAUGUUCAGGAAUCGAACAGUUUAUGCAAAUGUGGUUAAUGAUGGGAUCGUACCACUAAGAACUAGCUGUCUGUUAUUCCUAGAUUGGAAGGGUCUUGGCAAAGUUGAAAAGGCCCGGAGAGAGAACGGAGCAGUAGGUGGACUUGUUGGCAAUAGUACCGGCAAAUUGGAAGAAAAGGUUGAAGAAAAUCGUGUCACUGAAGCACCCAAGACUGGAGAGCCAACGAGGAGAGAGAUAGAGAGGGGAAUGUCGGCGAGUAGUCGCGACUCUAGCGAAAGCUCUGCUACUGCCAGCUCCGUACCGAAUCCAUUCACUUCCAUUCUUACUCUCUUCCGGCCUCAGGCAGCCAAACAUUUACCCAUCUCAACCAAUCUCCUUGCACCACCGAGGACCUCGAUUCUUGAAGCUGCUGGAGACGUGUUGAACCCACCUCUACCGAGCACUGCGUUUAUACUGGAUCCACAUUCUCGGCCUCGCACGAUCUUCCAUGACAGAAUAUACUCUGCAGCCGACAUCCCACAACCGAGUCAGUCCAAUCCUUUGAAAGUAGAAGAGAAAAUUGCUAGGGCGUACCAUGCAGGAGUAAGUUGGCGGAAGGUACUUGUAAGACUUGAGCCAGAUGCCCACAAUAACCUCAUUGUCCGAAGGAUGUUUGCGAACGCCUACGGGUGGCCGGUCGUCCAACACCUUGUCGAAACCCACUUCGGCGCAUCAUACGCUGCAACUACAGAUGAUGUCCCCGAAACCAAUCAGGAUCAGGCGGACGUUGCCGGAGACGAAUACAUAGAAGUCGACCCCGCAAGCCCAAUUAAGAGGAACAAUCGCAGCUCUACAGGAUCUUCGGCGCAGUGGUCUGACCGAGCAUUCUUAGUUUCAGACGAUGAGGACGAGCCCGCCCAGAACGAGGGUAUAUCUGCAUUCUUAAGUACACCGACUACAACUACUCGAAGGAACGUGCGGACUCACAAAACGCCAUGUCCAGCAGAAGUUGAUAGGGUCGCCGUACUUGCCUCACCCAGCGAGGAGCCUGGUGGUUUAGGAAUUUUGGGUGUUAGUGGAGGAGUUGGGUUGGCCAGCAGUGGCGCGGUACGAAUGCUCAGAGGUACCGUCGAGGAAGGCGUUGCGGAGAGAGUUGCUAGACUAGGGUUCAAUUAGGCAGAUUCUGCUUUUCCUUUCUUUCUUCUUGCGAGGAGUUCUGUUUGUAGAGAUCCGGUUUAUGCUUGUUUGCUGGAGGUAUCUCUGUCUGUAGCAGUGGAGAUUGUAUAAGUUUUAUCCUUGUAAUUGCCUUAUUUUCUACGUAUUUCAUGUGACAAUAUAUAUAGUUGCAUUUUCCUAUUGUUAUUUGUUAUUUCAGAUUAUAGAUAUAUAAUAGGACUAGUACAGUACA